UUCCAUUAAUGUUAUUAGCCGCUUACUAACUGAGCGAGCAGCCUCGACCGAAGCGCGACGAUUUGCCGCGCGAAGAAAAGCCGACCGAGCACGAGCUUGGCCUCGCGAGGCGAGGUAAAUAUUUUGGCCUGCUGUGUUUUAUUUCGUUCGAGUUGGCGAACACCUUUGACGCAUGUUUCUCUAUGGCCUUUGCGAACCACGAAACGUCAAAGUUGUCAAGAGUCGCCAUUACAUGUUAUUAUCCACUUUUAUUGAAAGAAACUACUUUUGUUGAAAGAAAUUGUGCAUGUCAAAUGAAAGCGAGCGCGGGACACUUCAAUAGUUUUGUAUAAUUAUAUUUUCCUGUGUGUUCAUAGAUGGCGCCUCCUCGAAGAAUAGUGCGGCCACAAUUAGAUAUGCUAAUAAAUUUUCUUGAAGAGAACCAAGAUGCAAUACAUGGAGGGCCCCAAGGAGGAACAUCCAUAGCUGUGACACGGAAAAAAUGGAUGAUACUCGCUAAGAAGUUAAACUCUGUCCAGGGAGGUACUAUGAAGACUCCGGAAGCUUGGAAAAAGUAUUGGUUUGAAUGGCGUCACAAAUGUAGAAAAAAAGCAGCCGACACUAGGAGAUAUGAUACAGAAGCCUAUAAAGGAAGAAACAGAUUUAUUCCUCUGAAUGAUUUAGAAGUUAGAGUUUUAGAGCUUUGCGGAAAGGCUUCAAGUGAAAGUACAGUUGGCCCUUCGGUUUCGCAAAUUGAAAAUGAUGAAGAAUAUUUACAUGACGGUCUCACAUCUGAUUCAGUAGAACCAUUGGAUGUCAAAGAGCUGAGUACUCCUGCUACUAAGACAGAAAAAUCUAGUACUUGGAAAUCUAUAAACUUAAACAGUACAGAAGCUAAUUCUGAACGAGCCUCACCACCACCUAGCUGGGUAUUAAAUUUAGAAGAACGUAAAAUACUAAUAGAAGAAAGAACAGCAGAUGCAUUAGAGUCAAUAGUUUCCCUUAUGAGGAAUCAAGAGGAGCGCCGUAACAUGGUCGAAGUACGGAUAGCUGAUGCCCUGACAGCUAUGGCUGGAACUCUGCAAGAUCUCAACAGUGGAAUCCAAGAAGCUAUUCAACAUUUGCAGCAGUUGCAUCCCAUACAGACUGAAUGGUCCUCAUUGAAGAAGGAUAUAUUGUAAUUUGUUUUGCUACAAUCACUGUGCCAGGGAAAAUUGUAUGUAUCCAAAUGUAGGAAGAUUGUAAACUAACUGCCCAUACUAUAUUAUAGUCAUGUCUAAAACUAUGGCUCGAUCACAAAAAGCUAUUGUGAUAAAGCAACUCGUUUUUAUAGAGUUGUAAUAGUCAAAUGUAGUUGAUAUUGUAUACAAAACUAGUAGUCAAUUUCAUACGCUU